GGCGUUGGAGAAGGAGGGGGCGGGGAGGCGGUGCACUGAUGCUGCUUCUCGAGUCUUUCUCCUGUCUUUGUUUCAUACUCUUUGUUAGCCAUGCCGAGCCUGCUGGUUCUAUCAGGGAUCAUGGAGAAGAAUGGGGGCUAUGGCGGGGAUCUGGCCGUCUCUGGCUUCGGAAGCGAGGGACUGCUUGUGCCGCCGGACGAGGAAGAGGACGACUCCCGUGCUCUCAGGGUCGCCUUGGGCCAGCUGUCGCUUUUGGGUCUCGGGGAAUCUGAGGACGGUGGCGGCGGGACUCCCACUCCUGGAGUGCAAGAUCGGAGUAACAACAAUAAUAAUCAUCACAACAACCAUAAUAACGGCAUCGGAGGAGGGAGCGGCGGAGACCCUGGUCUUUUGCAAGGGAAGAACAAGUUAUGUGUCCUGUAUGAGGGGUCCUCCUCUGAAACGAAAGGACGUGGCUGUAACAUAACCGAAUGCGUGCCUGUGCCCAGUUCCGAACAUGUGGCCGAAAUAGUAGGCAGACAAGGAUGCAAGAUCAAAGCUCUGCGGGCAAAGACCAACACCUACAUCAAGACCCCUGUACGUGGAGAGGACCCCGUUUUCCUUAUAACGGGUCGGAAAGAGGAUGUAUCACUGGCACGGCGGGAGAUCAUCUCCGCCGCGGAGCACUUCUCCAUGCUGCGGGCAUCCCGCCACAAGCUGGGCGUGGCCUUCAGCGGCUCGCCCCCAGCGCCCCUGCCCGGUCAGACCACCAUCCAGGUGCGGGUGCCGUACCGCGUUGUGGGGCUGGUGGUCGGUCCCAAGGGCUCCACCAUUAAGCGCAUCCAGCAGCAGACUUCCACAUACAUCGUCACGCCGAGCCGUGACCGCGACCCCGUCUUCGAGAUCACCGGCUCGCCCGGCAACGCCGAACGUGCUCGCGAGGAGAUCGAGUCGCACAUCGCCUUCCGCACGGGCGGCCUGCAUGACCUCAACAAUGAGAACGACUGCCUGGGCCCCGAGGGCAGCAGCGGGACCCUGGAGAGCCGCAUGCAGCAUGUGUGGGGUGGCCCGGGAUCUCAGCGCAAGCCACUCGCCAGCAGCUACCGGCAGAACUUCUCAGACGGCCUGACCAGCGGGGGCGGCGUUGGGGGCAGUGGGGGGGGGAUAUAUGGCAAAGGCGGGGAUUUCCCGGCACCCGGAGAGAAGCCGUGCUCCUACUUCGGGUCAGAUGGGGCCCCGGGCUGGGGGGACCCUGACUUCCCUAAGCAGGCGGCUUACUACGCGCAGCAGCGUUCCAAAAGCUUCGGAGGCCUGCCACUGCUGGCCAACAGGCUAUCACCAGGCCUGCCUGAUCCCAACGGCGGCACGCCGGCCAGCGGCACGCCCCACGCCCAGGCCCGACGUGCCCACAGCGAGCCCAUCUCAGCCAGCAUGGGCUUCCCUGGCCGGCUACCAGCGGGCGACUCUCAGCCCACCGCCCACCGCGACUGCAUGACCUGCUUCGAGAGCAAGGUGACGGCCGCCCUGGUGCCCUGCGGCCACAACCUCUUCUGCAUGGAAUGCGCCAUCCGCAUCUGCGAGCUCAGCCACCCAGAGUGCCCUGUCUGCCACGCCCUGGUCACGCAAGCCAUCCGGAUAUUCUCCUAAAGCCUCUCUUCUUCCUUUUCUAUUUUGUUCGUACACUUUGGGUUUUUUAUUUUUAUCAUGUUUUUAUAUAAUUAUCAUUCUGAUUUUUUUUUUCCAGAAAAGUAUAUUAAAACGGGCAGAAGGUCCUGCUUGUUUUACUAAAAGUAUAAUAAAUAUUUUUUAAAUUUGUUUUUAUAUAUAUAUUUUAUAAAAGUUUUGUUUAUAAGAAAAAUAAUAGUAUCCAGCUAGCCUUUUUCCUUUUUGCUAUUUCUUAGUUGUUAGACAAAAUAUGGGGCAAAGAGAAGUGGAACGAUGUGAAAGUUUUGUUCCUUUGUUUGAUCACGGAACGACGUGUAGCUAAACGGUCAGGAUGGGGAGUGAGGAGUCAUUUUGAUACAGGUUAACUUUUAUCUUCCUACAGAAACUCACACGACCUGCUGGAAUAUUCUAUGGGGGAACAUUUCAUCGAGGGCUUAGAUUACGUCUCCUCUUAAACUACGUGCAAAGCGGGAACGCGGAUUUGUGUGUCUAGCACGGCCCCGAUGGGCGUCAUUUUGGGUUUCAAAUUCCACAGGCGUUGAGUGCGAGAGGCCAGUUGCUUUGAAGUGGCUUCUGUCUGUGCUGCGGCUGACUUGAACGCCCGGCUGUUUGUCAGCGUCGUACAAUGAAUCAGUCACCUAAAAAGACCCCGGACAAGGCGAUCUGUCAAGCAACAGCACAGGCCAGCUCCUUUGGAAGCAGAACGAGGGAUUGCCCUGCUCUCAUUUGAGUGCUUUUUUUUGCCUCUCAGGGUCUUACUCCUCCCAGAUAAAAAAAAAAAAACUUCAGGGCUAACACCCCCCCCCCUUUACC